CACUACUUGACCAAAAAGCAAAAGGUCGGUCACUUUGAACUUUUUUUUUUUUAGGAAAUGUCAAACAUAGACAUUACUUUUCGUCCAGCAACCACCCUCUCCAAAUUCCAAUCCCAGCUAUCUCUCGUCUUCUUCCUUCCUCAAGCGGACUUCCAACUCCAAUUCAGUAGGAAGACGCGAUGCCGAACUGGGAACUGCAGAACUGCUGUCAGAAGGACCAGGUCACCUUCUUGGUCACCAUCGGCGUCUUUUCCCUUGUUAUCCUCGCGCUAUGGCGGACAGUACUGCUAACGCCUUUCAAGCUCAUAACCGUGUUUAUGCACGAAGCUAGUCAUGCCAUUGCUUGCAUCCUCACUUGUGGGAAGGUGGAAGGUAUUCAGGUUCACGCCAAUGAAGGAGGCGUGACUCAAACACGUGGUGGCAUAUAUUGGCUGAUCUUACCUGCAGGAUAUCUUGGAUCUUCAUUUUGGGGGAUGCUUUUGAUACUUGCAUCCACCAAUCUUCUUACUGCAAGAAUUGCUGCUGGUUGUUUGGGUCUUGCCCUACUCAUAGUGCUGUUUAUUGCCAAGAAUUGGACGCUUCGAGGACUUUGCAUUGGAUUCAUUACGUUUCUUGCUAUCAUUUGGGUAUUACAAGAAUACACCAAAGUACGGAUCCUUCGAUAUGUUAUUCUCUUCAUUGGUGUCAUGAACAGUUUGUUUUCAGUUUAUGACAUAUAUGACGACCUAAUAUCUAGAAGAGUCAACUCUAGCGAUGCUGAGAAGUUUGCAGAACUCUGUCCUUGCCCAUGCACAGGUGUUGGAUGGGGAAUGAUCUGGGGAAUGAUAUCAUUCUUGUUUCUCUGUGCAUCUAUAUACCUAGGGCUCGUCAUCUUAUCUUAAGGUACAGUUUUUCGUCACCAUAAUGAUUUCUGAAAGGUGGCAGCUGCUCAACUAAGCAUUUCUUCCCUUUUCUCUAUCAGGUUCAAAUCAAGGAUAACUGGCUUACUUCGGCAUUUGUUCACUGUGGAGAGCAUUCUGUAGAGUUGUAUUGUGUCCAUGCCCAGGGCUUCAUUCUUUCGACCCUUUGUGUUUCUGGGGGGUCGACAUUUGAAUACUCUGAUAUGAUUGGUGUGUAUAGGGUGGUGUCCAAUGCGCUGAACUUUUUCCUGGUUGACCUCAACAGAUUCUAGGCUACUCACUUCACGGUCAGCACAGGAAUCAUACUCAUUCUUAGGCUUGUCUAAUGGACUUGAGCACUUCUUCAUCUUCUUGGUCACUGACCCUUUUUCGCUUCAAAUGGUAUUUGCUUACGUUGUGAACAUGAUUAGCUAGGCAAACCAUCUUACUUAUUUUCAUUCAGACAGACGAUACUGCACAAGUAUCUCUUCAUUCUUGAGUUCCCCCACAAGCAAUCCCGGCUACACCUUAGCCAAAUUGUCAAAGGAAUUGUUAUGACAACUUUCAAGCAUGAGUGGGGUUAUGAUUCAAAUUUGAUCAGGUGCAAUAUGAGUCUAACAUCCCAACUGGAUAGAGUAUUGUUGAGAGGGUAAUACGAGGAAUAGGGUUGUGUUUUGGGGUUCGAGAAGCAUGAUUAAUACAAAAGAGAAUCUUCAAACGCUUUGGGACUAAUAUACCUAGAGCCGUGAGCAUAGAUUUGUCUCCCUAGAUUUAAACGAAAACUUAACAAUCCGGACGUUGAAAGGAUUCCUUAUGUCUUCUUUGGCCGUGAGCAUAGAUUUGUCUCCCUAGAUUUAAACACAAACUUAAUAGUCCGGAUGUUGAAAGGAUUCCUUGUGUCUUCUUUGAUGUCUUUCCCAUUCUUAUGUCAACAAUGGUGGGCUACAUGUGGUGGCUAAGCUUUAGUAAAAAUGAGUAAUUAAUCAUCAAGGUUACCCACAUAAAGUUUCGUCAAUUAAUAUAGUAUAGUCAUCAGAUUCGACGUAAGUGUUUUAGAGAUCGUAGAAUGAACGAAUUGAGUUAAA